CCAAUAGAGCAUAAAAAAUAAUCCCUUGUUUUGCGUACAGAUUUGAAUAGGGUUUUUUCGGUGGCGCCGAGAUGGAUGAACCUGGAGCACGCGCGUCACUUCCUGCGUCUGUCGAUGGCCGCGUACGGUUGGCCCUUCGUCAUGUACCGUUACUGCGCCACCGGCUUCUUCAGAUUGAUGACGAAGGUGACCUGCUGCUCCUGCUUCCGCGCCAAAACGACGAUGGUCAUCGAAGAUAACUGCUGCCUCUGCAACCUGGCCGGAGUGAAGUACAUGUCGAAGAUGCGUGGUGAGGACAUUCUGUUCGCGUCGUUCAGAAACCACGUCUUCGAGCUUCCGUUCUGCGUGAUUGCCGAUCACAAAACAUCGAACAUCGUCGUUGCAAUCAGAGGUUCGAUUUCGCUGAGGGAUCUGUUCACGGAUCUCACCGCCACCUCGGAUCGCUUCGAAGCUGAAGGUUUGCCAGCGGACACGACGGCGCACAAGGGUAUGAAAAUCGGAGCGGAAUUCGUGGCGAAGCGAUUGAAGCAGUUGGGAGUGCUGGAGAAAGCGCUGAACAAGUACCCGGAGUACGGACUCGUCCUCACCGGGCAUUCGUUGGGUGCUGGCGUCGCCGCUCUGCUCGCCAUCAAAAUCAGACCUUCGUACCCCGAACUCAAGGUCUACGCUUUCGCGACUCCAGCUGGCGUUUUGAGUCGUGAGGCUGCGAGAUUGACGGAGAGUUACAUAUUCACGGUGGGCGUCGGAGAUGAUUUCGUGAUGCGUCUCGGCGUGGACAGCGUGGAGAAUCUGAGGACAGGCGUCAUACAGACUUUGCACGCUAGCAAAUUACCAAAGUAUCGGAUAUUGCUGAACGGUUGCGGUUACGCCCUGUUCGGGGUGCCUCCUAGUGAUCUGGAGUCGACGUGGCGCGACGAUUCGUCGAUACGAGCGCCGGGUCUUUCGCCUCUCCUUGGUCACAGAGAAAUACCGACGGUCGCCGCGACAACUGAGGCGGCGCUUCUGUCCAGGGACAUUUCGGUGAGACGAUUCUCGAAGACGCGUUUAUACACGCCCGGCAGGAUACUGCACAUCGUCAGCAGGAAGAGAACCAAAGCGGAAAAGAAGGCGGGUACAGGUGGUCCGAGCUACGAGAUGCGAUGGGCCACGGCGGAGGAUUUCAUGGAUCUGAAGGUGAUGCCCCGGAUGAUACUCGAUCACCUUCCGGAGAACGUGUACAAAACGUUGGACACGGUGCUGAGGGAGCAAAGGGAUAACGCUAGUGAAAUUAUUUAACAUAUCAUCAUCAACGACAUCACCUUCAUCAUUAGGACUAGAAACAAUUCAUGUAAAUAUUAGCGAGAGAGAAAGGAACGAUAACGGAACGGAAAGUUGCGUUCUGUGUUUCUUUUUAUAUUAUUAUAAAUAAGAGAAUAGUGAUUUUGAUAUUAUAUUAUU